UUAUCUGCGGCUGAACAGUCCUGCCACGGAGCCUAACUGAGGAGGGCGUGAGGAGGAAGAAUGUCCACUGACCGGGAGCCGACUGUUACCGUCAAGCUGCUGCAGCUGCUACUGCUUUCCACUUACUGGGGCAUGCAAAUUUGGGUCACCUUCAUAUCAAGCUUUGUGAUGGACAACCACCUUAACAGACAUACAUACGGGUUCAUUCAAAGUCGUCUCGUCCCAUUCUACCUCCACCUGGGUUCAGCUUGUGCCUUUUUUAACCUCGCCAUCUAUGCAGUUUAUCAUCCAAGUGACAUGCUGGAUGACAGGGAAGCCUUUCAGAUCUUCAUCUUCUUUGUGUCUGUGACUGUGGCAGCUGUCAAUGCUCAAUGGUUUGGCCAAAUGACUUCAGAGAUAAUGGCAGACAUGCACCUUAUUGAGCAGGCAUGUGGAUUGGGUCAGGAUAUUGGACUGUCGUCCAAUCGAGAGGCUUAUGCCAAGCUCUGCGAGACAGAUGCCAAAUACAAACACCUCAGCGGUCGUUUGUGGCUGUACAGACUCUUCUCCUCUCUUUGUAACCUCUGUUGUAUAGCAUGCAACUUCUACAGUCUCUGUUACAUGGCAGAGAACCUUGUAACCUUGUAAAACAGACACUGCUUUUGGACUCUCAAUUUGGUGAAACCUCAUCAAUCCCAUGUUUCCUAUCAGCCUCACAAACGUAGCAAGAGAUGUUAU